CCAAAAAAAUAAUUCAGGAAGUCGGUAGGGUUUCUCAUUGUAGAGAGAAGUUACACCCAAAUCCAUCUCAACUUGAGAAGAACUGCGAGUUUGGCGAAUGGAUGAAUUAAUGUUCCCAGGAGUCGAAUUGGUCAAAGAUUGUCCAAGUUCACCCGGUAGAUCUACAAAACAUAGAGAUGAUAAUCUUGGUCAAAGUGGCCAAACCGUGACAGAAAAGGGUAUUCCUGAAGCUAUGCUAGAAAAGAUUGCAAAAGUGGCAUCACAAGAAGAAGAACGGAAGGAUUUUUUGAGGAAUUCAAUGUUCUCGAGCCUUAAAGAUAGAGGAGGUGAGGACCGGGUCUUCACAGCUGCCAAGGGGGCUGCAUUCUUAGCACAUAAUAGUUUUUCUUGUAUUAGUUGGACUAGAGUGGAGGACGAAGUGUUUUCGGAAGACCCUGAUGCAUUAACACAUGUGCAGUGGGAGGUUUUGAAAGCUCUUAUGAUUCUUGUAUUAAGUGUUUAUGAUAUGGUAAUUGCUCUGGCUGAUGCUAAGCAAGUUUGAGAUUCACAAUUCUUU